AUUUUAGAGAAUACGCGUCGGACAAUGACCGCGUAUAUUUCACUCGAAUUAUGUCCACUAGGCAAAAAUAGAUCAGGUGAGCUUGAUCGUUUUUGCAGUAUGAAACAUCGUAUGAUAUAUGGGGGUAGAUUAGAUACGUACAUAUGUAAAAGUGAUAACCUUUAUUGUAAUUGUAAUUUUCUAAACUGACCAUAAUACCGGAGACAUGGAAUUUUCUAUAUUCUGUAUUGUCAGCGUUGUUUGUAUUUGUGGAAUUUUCCAGUUAUCAUGGAGUAUGCCUUUGUCAUAUUCGACAUACAGCUGCCCUUCAAAUAUCAACACUGGAAAUAGACAUUUAGUAUUUGAGAAAGUCUGCUACGAGUUUGUUUUGAACCGGAAGGAGUAUUGGGAUGGCGCGAGACAUGACUGUAACAACAGAGGUGGCGACCUGGCUCUAGUAAAAAGUUACGAUGUCCAAUAUUAUCUGCAGACGACACUACAGAAAUUAAAUGUUGGUAAACAGGCAGUAUGGAUUGGACUUAACGAUAGACAUCGUGAAAAACAUUUUGUAUGGGUUGAUGGAUCACCCUUAUCCUACAGUCACUGGGCAGUGCAUGAAGGGAACGGAAUCUUACAUCUUACACAAGAUUGUGUACAAAUACACAUGGGAGACCACGGCUUGUGGCACGAUAGGGAAUGCCACUUGUGGCCAAAUAAAUUUUCCUACAUUUGCCAGUUCCCAACGGUAGAAACCGUGCACACAGUAAAACCCAAAAUACCCACGACAACAAAAUCUACUACAAUCACAUCAACCAAACCAUCGACAACAACACUUCCGCCUACGACGACAACACUUCCGCCUCCGACAACAACACUUCCACCUACGACAACAACGCUUUCUACAACAACAACGUCAAAACCAGAAACCGAGUACCCUUCUACAACAACGCAAUUACCCGUGAAAGAAUAUCCUACUACAAUAGAACAAUUCGUUGAAAAAGAAUAUCCUAUAACAACAGAACAUUUAUCCGAGCGAGAAUAUCCUAUAACAACAGAACAUUUACCCGAAAGAGAAUAUCCUAUUACUACAACACAUUUUCCUAUUCCUUCAACACAAUAUCCAAUUCCGACGACAAUUUUACCAGACCGAGAAUAUCCUCUUACAACAAAGCUACCUGAUCGAGAAUAUCCUCUAACAACAAAGCUACCUGAUCGAGAAUAUCCUCUAACAACAAAGCUACCUGAUCGAGAAUAUCCGAUAUCAACAACACCAGAACCUAAUCGAGAAUAUCCUAUUACAACAACACAGUUACUAGAUAGGGAAAACCCAACAACAACCAAAUCCAUGCCUGAUAAGGAAAUCCAAACAGAAAAUAAUGGAAACGGACAUUUUCUCACUCCGGCACCAUAAGAUGUAAAUGUAUGAAUUUUAAUUCAGAAGUGAUACAAGACGUGAUAUAGACUGUAUGUUCAGAAACGGGUCUCGCUCUUGGUUUAGAUCGAUGUCUUGCUUUAUGAUCUGUCGAAAUGUAUGAUAUUGUAUGUUUAUUUAUUAUUUCAGAGCUGUUAUUUUUGUAUUGUAUAUAAACUUAUGUGUUUUGA